AAUAGAGAAAGCAGUAGGCGACGGCAGUACGGCACGGCGCCGCUCCAAAUCCCCAAACACAACCGCUCCCAAUCAUACUCAUACGCCCCCCUUCCUCGACCCAAAGGCAGAUCAGAUCAGGCCGCCGCCGCUUCCAAAUUCCAGUUUCGAUUCCCACCGUGAGCGGCGCGAGGAUGGCGAUCGUGUACGCGCUCGUGGCGCGGGGCACGGUGGUGCUGGCCGAGUUCGCCGCCGUCUCGGGCAACGCCGGCGCCGUCGCGCGCCGCAUCCUCGAGAAGCUCCCCGCAGCCGACGCCGAGCCGCGACUCUGCUUCGCGCAGGACCGCUACAUCUUCCACGUCCUCCGCUCCCCCGCCGACGGGCUCACCUUCCUAUGCAUGGCGAACGACACUUUCGGAAGGAGGGUCCCCUUCAUAUACCUGGAGGACAUCCAGAUGAGGUUCAUGAAGAACUACGGCAGGGUCGCGCACUCCGCGCUCGCCUACGCCAUGAACGAUGAGUUCUCCAGGGUGCUCCACCACCAGAUGGAGUUCUUCUCCAGCAACCCCAGCGCCGACACCCUCAACCGCCUCCGCGGAGAAGUCAGCGAGAUACACACUGUCAUGGUUGACAACAUAGACAAGAUCCUGGACAGGGGCGACCGCAUCUCGCUGCUUGUGGACAGGACCUCCACCAUGCAGGACAGCGCCUUCCACUUCCGCAAGCAGUCCAAGAGGCUCAGGAGAGCUCUCUGGAUGAAGAAUGCCAAGCUUCUAGCGGUGUUGACUGUGGUCAUUGUGCUGCUGCUUUACUUGAUCAUUGCUGCUUUCUGCGGUGGCCUAGCCCUUUCAUCAUGCAGAUCAUAAAAAACACUAUGGAUCUACUGCAGUUGGAGCUCCAGCUUAGCUUCCAAAGUUUAAACCUGUUGUUUUGAGGGACAGAUUCGCAGUUGAGUUCUCAGUAGAGUGUUUACUCAUACAAGUCAAUCUGAAAUGUUUGUACAAAACAGGAUCUGCAUGUACAGUAUGUCUUUCAUGUACCUGAACUAGGUGGAUGUUUACACUUUGAUGUAGUUAUCUUUUUGAAAGUGGUGGUUCUGUGCAUGAA